AUAACUUUAAAGUCAGACAUGGUUGAUAACAAUAAUUGUAUUUUCUUGUCUUUCUCUUCCACAACCAGUUAAGAAUAUGUGAUCUACAAGUUCAAAAGCUAUCAUUCUGUUGCAAUGAAUCUUAAGGAAUGCUUUAGUUCAGAAGAUUAAGGUUCAUUUAAUAUCAUUCACUCUGAUCUUAACUUUUCCCUAACGGGAUUUCUAGUUUUAAAUCCCAUGACAAUUUGAUAUCAGAAAGAAAAAUUGUGUCAUGUGAUAACAUGUUUUCCCUUUUUGAUUGUUGCUUUAGAUUUUAAACUGGAAGAAAAGUCCUAGCUCCAUAAUUCAAUAUAAAUAUUUAAAAAAUCAUGGAUUUAUACAUUGAAAUCAAAUUGAUGAUAGAAUAUAAAUCUCCAAAAAUCAGAAUUGGCAGUUAUUUUUGAUUUGUCAUUGGAACUUGACAUUUUUGUGUGGAAUUGAAAAACAAGCAUUUAAAAAAAAACAUUUAUUGAACUCUUAAUAAACAACUUAAAAUUGCAUAGUGAUAACUAAAAAUAAAAAUAAUUUAUCCUGAACCUCAUAUUUUACAGGAAAGAAAAUUGAAUACCAAAGAGGAGAAGUGGCUUCCCUAUCCUUAGUUCAUAAUUUCCACACAUAAAAUACUCAGACAAAAUGGCAGGAGAAAAUUUCACUAUUGUGGUAGAAUUCAUUCUCCUUGGAUUUUCUGAUGAGCCCAAACUCCAAGGGUUUCUGUUUGGAAUAUUUUUGUUAAUCUACUUGAGUAUUCUGAUAGGAAAUGGUCUUAUCAUUGUAAUAACCAAAGUGGAUCCAAAUCUCCAAACACCCAUGUAUUUUUUUCUUGGAAACUUUUCUUUCUUGGAAAUAUGUUACACAUCAGUCACCCUACCCAGAAUGCUGAUAAAUAUUUGGACUGAGAAUAGAACUAUAUCUUUUUUGGCUUGUGCUAUACAACUUGGAUUUCUCCUUAUUCUGGGAGCACCUGAAUGCUUACUUCUUGGUGUGAUGGCAUAUGACCGCUAUGUUGCCAUUUGUAAGCCUCUAUAUUAUCCUUUAAUCAUGAACCAUAAAGUAUGUAUCAAGCUAGCAGUUGGCUCCUGGACCAUUGGAAUCCCAAUCCAGAUACUACAGACAUACCAGGUUUUCUCUUUGCCAUUCUAUGGUUCUAACAAACUCAAUCAUAUUUUUUGUGAUCUUCGUCCAUUGCUGAAGGUAGCCUGUGGGGAUACAUUUGCCAAUGAGCUUUCUAUCUAUGCUGUUGCUAUGGUGUUUGGCAUGCUUCCAUUUCUGCUGAUACUCUGGUCGUACAUAAAAAUCAUUUCCACCAUCCUAAAGCUCCCAUCAACUGAAGGAAGGUACAAAGCCUUUUCUACUUGCUCUUCUCAUGUUAUAGUUGUUGGUUUAUUCUUUGGGUCUAUAAUUAUUACAUAUUUACAACCUAAAUCUAGUCAUUCAGCAAACAAUGAUAAAAUCUUCUCUCUCUUUUAUACUGUUUUGACUCCUAUGUUUAACCCUCUAAUAUACACUCUUAGGAACAAGGAUGUCAUUGUUGCACUGAAAAAAAUAUUACCUAAAUGUAGAAGAAUGAAGAGUAAUUAAGAUUAUGGUCUCUUGUUGAUUUUUAGUGUUUCACCAUUCCUAUAAAAAGUAGCUAGGUGACACUGUGAAUAGAGUGCCAGGCAUGGAAUCAUGAAGACCUGAUUUUAAGCUUGACCACAGACCCUUACUAGAAUAUAGCUACAAUUGAAGGACUUGAAUCUAUAAACCGAGAUUUAAAAUUAUUUUAUGCCAUUUAAAUAGAUGCCUUUAAUUUGAGAUAGUAGCAUCAGUUGGUUAUUAAGGACAAAUUUUUUGGUGGAGAAUCCUAAGCUUCUCCAAGUGCAUCAUUCUUGGUUCCAUUUUUCUCAUUUUUCCCCUAACCAUAAGAAUUCUUAA